UUUUUUACCUUCCUUACCCACCUUCUGCCGAUCUUUCGAAUAAGUCGUCUUUGCUGGAAUUGUGAAGAACGCGAAGAAACAAAAAAACGCGAAAAAAGUUGGAAAACAAGCGUGAAAACGUGAAAACGGUGUAAAAAUGUUUAUGUCUAAAUUCUGCCGCGCUAUGCGAGGCCCUGCACGCCUCCGUAGCUUGAAUGUUGGAAGCAUUCUUGUUCAACGGAGUCUUUUCGCUGCUCGUUGGAACUCUACUGCCGCUGCUGGCAAUGGAAAAGUAAAUGGACCCGUGAUUGGUAUUGAUCUCGGUACCACCACAUCCUGUGUUGCUAUUAUGGAAGGUCAAACUCCCAAGGUCAUUGCCAACGCCGAGGGUACCCGUACGACUCCCUCUGUCGUCGCAUUCUCGAAGGAUGGUGAGCGUUUGGUCGGUGUCCCCGCCAAGCGUCAGGCUGUCGUGAACCCUGAAAACACAUUCUUUGCUACCAAGCGUCUUAUCGGUCGUCGUUUCAAGGAUGCCGAGGUCCAACGUGAUAUCAAGGAGGUUCCCUACAAGAUCGUCGAGCACAGCAAUGGUGAUGCCUGGCUCGAGGCUCGUGGACAGCGUUACUCUCCCUCUCAAAUUGGUGGUUUCAUCUUGAACAAGAUGCGUGAGACUGCCCAAGACUACUUGGGUAAGGAGGUUAAGAACGCUGUCGUUACCGUCCCUGCCUACUUCAACGACUCUCAACGUCAAGCCACCAAGGCCGCUGGUGCUAUUGCCGGUCUUAACGUUCUCCGUGUGGUGAACGAGCCUACCGCUGCCGCUCUGGCUUACGGUUUGGACAAAAAGGACGAUGCUGUGAUUGCAGUUUUCGAUCUCGGUGGUGGUACCUUCGAUAUCUCCAUUUUGGAGCUCAACGGAGGUGUUUUCGAGGUAAAGAGUACCAAUGGUGACACUCACUUGGGUGGUGAAGACUUUGACAUCGCCAUUGUUCGUCACAUCGUCGAUUCUUUCCAAAAGUCCGAUGGCAUUGAUUUGUCCAAGGACAGAAUGGCCAUUCAACGUAUCCGUGAGGCUGCCGAGAAGGCCAAAUGUGAGCUUUCCAGCACCGUCAAUACCGAAAUCAACCUUCCCUUCAUUACUGCUGACGCUUCUGGUCCUAAGCACAUUAACAUGAAGCUUUCUCGUUCUCAAUUCGAGAAGCUUGUUGAUAACCUUGUCAAGCGCACGGCUGAGCCCUGCAAGCGUGCCCUCAAGGAUGCCAACUUGAACACUUCCGAAGUCAACGAGGUUAUUCUCGUUGGUGGUAUGACUCGUAUGCCCAAGGUCUUGGAGAAUGUGAAGGCUCUCUUUGGCCGUGAUCCCGCCAAGUCCGUUAACCCUGAUGAGGCCGUCGCUAUUGGUGCCGCUAUCCAAGGUGGUGUCUUGGCUGGUCAUGUCAAGGACCUUGUUUUGCUUGAUGUUACUCCCCUUUCUCUUGGUAUCGAGACUCUCGGUGGUGUGUUUACUCGCUUGAUCAACCGUAACACUACUAUUCCCACCCGCAAAUCUCAAAUCUUCUCUACUGCCGCUAACGGCCAAACCGCCGUCGAAAUCCGUGUGUUCCAAGGUGAGCGUGAGCUUGUCCGCGACAACAAGUUGAUUGGCAACUUCCAACUCACCGGUAUUCCCCCUGCCCCCAAGGGUGUCCCUCAAAUUGAAGUUUCCUUCGACGUUGAUGCCGAUGGUAUUAUCAACGUUUCCGCUCGUGACAAGGCUACCAACAAGGACUCCUCCAUCACCGUUGCUGGCUCUUCUGGUUUGACGGAGAACGAGAUUGAGAACAUGGUUGCCGAUGCUGAGAAGUACCGUGCUGCCGAUAUCGCUCGCAAGGCCGUUAUUGAGAGUGGUAACCGUGCUGAGUCUGUGUGCACUGACACUGAGUCUUCCUUGAACGAGUUCCAGGCUCAACUCGACAAGGAGGAGUCUGAGAAGAUCCGUGGUCUUAUUACUGAGCUCCGCGAGGUUGUUGGUAAGGUCAACGCUGGUGAUGAGGGUAUCACUUCUGAGGACAUUACCAAGAAGAUUGAUGAGCUUCAACAGGCUUCUCUCAAGCUUUUCGAGCAAGUUUACAAGAAGCGCGCUGAACAAGAGAACAAGGACGAUUCCUCUUCUUCGUCUUCUCCCGAGGAGAACAAGUAAAUGGAGUCGUUUUGAUGCUUCUUCCCAAAAUUAGUGUACUGUUUUUGUCCCUGCAUGUUUUUAUGGAUACUAUUUACACAAUAAGAACUGUUGUCAAUGAGUAAA